GCCGAUAUUCUUGCGAUAUUCCCCUGCUUGCUGUAGUUUUCCUGUAUUUCUGACUAUGGCUACUUUAGCAAAACUUACGUCGCUAUCUACGCAGACAUUGUCUUUGCUACUCGAGCGUCAGCGAUUACAAACGUUCUCGAAUCCAAGUGCAUCGUCACUUCAUGUCCCCCAGAUCACGCGUAACAUGCAGCAGCUGCACGCAGGCGUGCUUGACCUGGAAGAGAAGGAGGGGAGUUCAGAGGCAGUUAGGCUAUUGCGGAGUCAGUACGAGAGAAUGAGGGGGAUGCUGGGACAGGAGGCGGACGUCGUAGGCAUACCAAGCUUACAGGUCGAGGAAUCGCAAACCGCCAACGCAUACUCGUCGUCCUCGUCCUCGUCCCUCAACUCACCCGUGCCACCACCCGUUCCUAAGAACACCGAGCCGCCCUACACGCCCUACGCGCCGUAUACAGACGACCCCGAGGCUGCGCUCCCCUCCUCGACGGAGAUGCUGCACGCACAGCGCCAGAUGAUGGACGACCAGGACGUGCAUCUCGACCGCCUCUCGCACUCGAUCAACCGCCAGCGCGACAUCUCGCUCCAGAUUAACGACGAGCUCGACGUGCACACGGGCUUGCUCGAGGAUCUCGACCAUGAGCUCGAUAACACGGGUGACAGGCUCAGUGGCGCGCGGCGGCGGCUCGACCGCGUCGCACGGGGGGCUAAGGAGAACGGCUCUACAGUGCUGAUUGCGCUGCUCAUCCUGGUGCUUCUGAUCCUCAUCAUCAUAUUUAAAACAUAACGUUUCGCCCUUUAUACCCGUCUGCUGCGCGACCCACUCCCAGAUGUGCCUGUAUAUCAUUCGCCUAUAAUUCAUACAUCGGAUCGG